AUGGCUGAACCUUUGCUGGAGGAUGCACCCGUUCACUUCCCGUCGAACGGUAUGGUGUCCAUGGAACAUUUGUCUGCACAUCUCCUACCCAUUAUUCAGCACAACUCCCAAAGUCGUCAUCUCCCACUACGUACAGAAAUCCGGCACAAGAUUUUUCAACUCGUCCUUGGCUCAUUCAAUGUCAGACCCUGCUGGGCAUAUAUCAACAAUGAAGCAAACAAAUGA